CAGACGUGGAAUAAGACGAUUUGAUAACCGAAACCAUAAGUUGACAGUAUAAGGUUUAAAAUGAGUUACAAAGGAAGGAAUCAUGGAAAUGCAUCGCGGACGAGCGAAUUUCGCACUCAAAUCCAAGAUUUUUAAAACCCUAAACCUCAUUGGUUUACUCAGUAAUUGUCCCGCCUCGGAUAAAUGUGUGCGUGACGGUCGGAACGAUGUCUUUUAUCAUCUUCGACAUUACAUCCUGUGGAAAUAUUGUCAACUUUAUGCACACUUCUUUUAAAAUCCAGGCUUCAAACAAAUUGUCAGGUAGAUAUAUUGCUAAACUUUAGGGAUUUAGCCGUAAAUCAUACAUGUGAACGAAAUUCACUCAUCCAUAUGGCUAAAUAGAGUUUUAGCAUUAUAGCUGAUGUUAGUUCAUGAUGAAAACCCUUAAUCUAAUUCCGAAUCCCAACUAUCAACUGUAAAUCACAAUUCGAAUUCUUCACACUGGUUUAUAACACUUAUUUGGUUCUAGUUGUUCGGUGGAAGCUCUCAAGGGCACUUUAGCACUGCUCAAAGGUUUCUCAGUCAACGGCGAUCACAAAGCGUUUAGUGAACGUAAACAAUCAGAAUGAAUCGUUUUUACCACAACUUGCCGAAAAUUGAGUUGCAUGCCCAUCUUUCUGGGAGCAUUAGUUUGGCGUUUUGGAAGCGUGAAUCAAUUACCAACCGCAAUAUUCAAAAUAUUAUUUCAGGUUUUGAUUUUGAAACAUGGAACGGGGAUAUAGAUCGGUGUUUUGAUGCCUUUCGAACAAUCCACAAAUUAAUUGAAACACCAGAAAUUCUGGAGAGAGCUACAUCUUCCGUUAUUGAAGAAUUUCAUCAAGAAAAUGUCAUUCUUUUGGAAUUGAGGACUACGUUACGACCAGUUCCAACUCAUCGUUCUUAUUUGAAUGCAGUAAUCAAAGGAAUACAGAGCGCACCGAGUGUACUUGAUAAUAAAAUCUAUGUGACAUUAAUACUAUCUAUAGACAGAUCUAGAAGUUUUGAUGAAGCGUUAAUUACUUUAGAGUUAGCAAAGGAAUACUAUUCUAAUGGAUUGGUAUCAGGUAUUGAUCUCAGCGGGAAUCCACUAGUAGGAAGUCUAUGUGAUUUCGUUUCAGUUCUUAAUACAGCUCGUUCGUAUGGUUUAAAAACAACUGUACAUAUAGCUGAAGCAGCUGAUCAAAGUGAAGAUUGGUGUAAAUUUCUUAGAAUUCAUUUGCCAGAUCGAUUGGGGCACGGAAUAUUUCUGACCAAUGUAGAUGAAAAUUCUGUUUUAGCAAGAGAAAUUGUUUUGAAAUCUCAAAUACCUUUAGAAUUAUGUUUGACAUCAAAUGUCAAGUCGAAAGCUGUUGAAAACUAUGAAUCUCAUCAUAUAAACUAUUGGAUGAACAAGAAACAUCCUAUUUGCAUUUGUACGGAUGAUAAAGGCCUAUUUGAUUGUACUCUAUCAGGUGAAUUUCAACUAUCUGUUGAACGUUGUCAUUUGAAUAACGAACAAUUGUUUCAAAUAUUAAUGAACUCAGUAAAUAUGGCGUUUUGCAGUGAGAACGUGAAGAAACAAUUGUCUCAUAAAAUCAGAGAAUAUUUUAAUAGUUUUAUAUUUGAUGAUUUAAACAAAAAGUAAUAUUAACUUUGUAAAAAAUGUUUUGUUAAGUUAUGACAAAUAAAUUUUGUUAAUGGACUCAUUAUUUUCAAAGACUUUACCAAUUCGAAUCCUAUGAAUUCAGGAAAUAUUGAGCAACCUGUUAUUUCAUUUGUCAUAUGAUCAUAUUGGUCUCUGAGAGAGAGAGAGAAUCGCAUGCACAUAAAGAUGAGUUGACCUUAGGUUUUUGGAGUAGUAGCUUCCUAGCACAAGUUUAGCUGGCUUCAAAUCUUGGGAAUAACAUCUUUCCAGUUCAUAAGACAUGAUCUCAUUCUCUCACCUGUACAGAAAUUGAGGACAUGCAAGAUAGCCAAAAUUAGUUUUCUAUAAUAAUGUUUGAUCGGUCUAUAAACUAAUGUUGUUCAUAUCCUUAACUUAUAUAAGCUAAUAAGCUACAAUAACUUGGCUUUCUUGUCAUGAUGAAGUAUUUGAAUUAUAUAUAGUGAAUGUUUGUUCUCUCACAUUAUGUCUGCCCCGAAAAUGUUGGAUUGCAAUCAUUGAAUUUGUAAGUUGCUACUGAUUUGAUUUAUUUUGAGGUAGUUAGCUCAACAGACGACUGCGAAAAGUAGACCUCGAGACUAACGGUUCCCCUAUAAUCGAUGUUUUUUGCUUGAAGGUUAAAUUUAGUGCGUGAAAGUGGUCAAUAACUUGACGUCACACAACUAACAUAGUCAUAUAACGACUCUCCUACAAUCAUUUUCGAUUAUGGUUAAUUUUUCUAAAACCCUUUUAUUAACUUAGCAGACAAUGUUAUUCGAGCAGUAAUAACUCAUCUAUUUCUUUGUACUAUUAUGAUCACUAUCUUGUCUGUAUAAAUGUGUACGCUUGGUCUCAUGAUGGCCUACGCACAUAUCUCUUUCUAGCUAAAAUGCUGAUAGCUUAAAUAUCUCUCGGUGAAUCAUUCUCUUCUCCAUGAAUACAUGUACUCGAAUCCUAAUUAUAGUCUUUGCCUUGCUGUGCCCUUAUUUGAUUCGAUUAUAAACUCACCUCUGUAUUAGCUCGCACGCAUAUAUUUGCCUUUCUGCUUCAAACUCGUUUGAUGUGCCUGUAGCUUUGUGAUUUGUUCUAUACGCUAAUAAACUGUAGUUGCCUCUUCUUAUUGCCUUCUGAUUUCAGACACCGUCGGGAUUUAAAUAGUAACGGCUAUCAAGGUGAUUAAUUAACGAAACUAAGCCACUACAAUCAUACUAUCUCCCAUAUUAUGACGUGAGGAUUGGACAGUCGGUUUUAGGCAUAUUGGG